AAAACGCCACAGCCACUCCACUUUUCACUGCACUUUUCUCUCUACAUGAUCCGGGCCGAAGUGUUCUGACGAACCAUGCUUUGAGCGAUACAUUAUAUCAGAGGAGAGGAUCAGCCAGCCCUCCACUCGAGAAAGGAGCGCGCAUAUGGAAACAUUUAUGAGCGCUGAGGGGAAUCAGCGAGCACGGAGCAUCAUGAAAACACUCCUGCUACCGACAAGGGAGAACCUGACAUGGAUCUCCGGGUCUAAAUGAAGUGCUUCCGCCAUGCAAUGUUCCUGGAAGGCAGUGAUCCUGCUGGCCUUGGCCUCUAUCGCCAUCCAGUACACGGCCAUCCGUACACUCACUUCCAAGCCUUUCCAGUUGUGCACGUUGCCCAGCCCACAGAACUGCGGUCUGGGAGAUCAGGAGAUUGAACCUCCCUUUGAACGGGUCGCAGGAGGCUGUGAAGAUUACCCUUUCUUUUACAUCAAUGCAUCACGCAAAACCCACAUCCUGGUUUUGGCCACCACCCGUAGUGGCUCCUCCUUUGUCGGUCAACUUCUCAACCAGCACCAAGAGGUUUUUUACUUGUUUGAACCUCUUUAUCAUGUCCAGACCACACUCAUCCCUCGUCUGUCCCACAGCCACAACACAGCAGACCGCCGCGUGAUGCUGGGGGCUAGCCGAGACCUCUUGAGAAGCCUAUAUGGUUGUGAUCUAUAUUUCCUCGAGAGCUACAUCAAACCGACACCGACGAACCACACAACCGACAAACUUUUCCGCCGCGGCGCGAGCCGAGCAUUGUGCCAACAACCUGUAUGCGAUGCCUUCGGCCCAUCUGAUGUUAACGUGGACGAGGGGGACUGCGUUAAGAAAUGUGCACUUCUCAACAUGACCUUGGCGACCGAAGCCUGUCGGGAGAAACGACAUGUGGCUAUCAAGGUUGUCCGUGUGCCAGAGAUUGGGGAUUUGCGCGCCCUAUUGGAGGACCCCAGACUGAAUAUCAAAGUGAUCCAACUUGUCAGAGACCCUCGUGGUAUUCUAUCAUCCCGGAUUGAGACGUUCAGGGAUACAUACCGGCUGUGGCGCAUAUGGAGGGCCACGGGGCGGAAGCCCUAUAAUCUUGACUUGAGUCAGCUCACUGUCGUCUGUGAAGACUACCGAAGUUCUGUCUCAACCGGUCUCGGCCAUCCAUAUUGGUUGAAGGGGAAAUAUAUGUUGGUUCGCUAUGAAGAUUUGGCCAAAAAUCCACUUCACAAGACAAAGGAGAUCUAUGACUAUCUGGGGCUGCCCAUGGAUAAAAACGUGGAAGACUGGAUACAUGCAAAUACUCGCGGCAGCAAUGAGCCAUCAGCGAAACACAAAUUUGGUACAGUACGAGACUCCGCGGCUAAUGCUGAGAGUUGGCGCUUGAAACUCUCUUUUGACAUGGUAGAAUACACUCAGACAGUGUGUCAAAAGGUUCUCCACCAACUCGGAUACAAGACGGUGAGAUCGGUCGAGGAACUGAAAAAUAUGUCCAUCUCACUGGUGCAAGAGAAAACCUUUGUCCCCUUUUUGUAACGGAGAUCGCUCCCGGUGACUAUUUUUAUAUAUUUAUAAUUGUUGCCUUAUCAUCUCAUCGGUUGGGUGUUGCUUUCAUUUUGCUGAAUCAAAUUUGCACUAAAUGAUCAUUUGAAUGCACGAAGAGACUGUGGAUGAUCCCCAGAUGUUAUGAACAGCACACUUAAAACACUAAAUAAUCAAACAAGCUAGUUUACAAACGUGUCAUUUAAGUUUUCCAAUUAACGUGACGUCGACUUCAUUCACUUUGUGUAUGUAAGUGAAAUGUUGCCCUUCAAAAAAAUGUGUGUGUAAAUGGAAUGGGUCAUUUUUU